GGAACUUUGCGUACGUCACGUUCAGGAUAUUGGUAUUCGAAUUGUGCUUGUUCCAAUGCCUGGAUCAUUGAUACGCCUUGUCGACCAUCAAUUAUGAUGUCGAGCCUCUACAGCUUCAUCACACAUGUUGAAGGUUCAUCAUUUCCUUUACCGCAUCCAGAUGAAGACCUUAGGUAUGUGAACAUGAGAGAGUACCGCCAUUUUUUUCAACCAAUAAAUAUGAAGAGUGGAGAAAUUUGUUUAUGGGAAAAAGAACCAUUCAAACAUUCUACUUUUAAGAUGUUCCUGCCAUGGACGAAAUCGGAUUCAGAUGAUGAUGAUGAUAGAAGGGAGGAGAAGGAGGGAGAAGAGGAAGAGGGAGAAGUACCGAAAGAACUAGAAGACAAUUCUACACGGCGCGCCGCAUUUAAUUACGUCAUGACUGAAAUUCGAACCAACAGAAAUUGUUGGAGUGACGAGGACAAGGAGUCGUUGAUAAAUACCUUGCUCGAGGGAAUUACAGAGGAGAACGCUUGAUUUCUGGGUGCUGCUAUCAUCGUCGAAUUUGAAAUCUACUGAUGGCUAGAAUGCAAUCUCCAGAUGAUAAAAGCCUUCUCAAACUUGCUUUUAAGCAAUCGUAUCAAAAUUUAUGAUUCUCCAACUAGAAAAAGAGAUCUUUUUCAGUGUUAUGAGGGUCGAUAGUUUUUGAUCCCGCACUAAAACCUUAUCAACUUAUUUUAUUCCGAUCAAUUCCAUUUUUGUAGUUAUUGUCAUCUUUAAUGUCUAGGAUAUUUAUCAAGGGCAAGGGAAGAAUAUUUCGGGUUGGACUUCGACUUCUUGAUGGAGGAGGGAAUUUCGUUUGCACUCAAAGGGCAACAUGGUUGACUGUUUCUUUUUCUAUCAACAAUUUUCGAAAUGUAUAGGAUGACCAAAAGCUACGGGGAAAGGAUACGAGGAUCAUUAUGAACAUUGUUUGAAAACCA